UUUUCGGUUUUGUUAAAGUGACAAUCUCUUUAACUCUUUACUCUUGUUGUGGUAACAUUUCGAUUCAGCAUUUUAUCUUUUUAUUUUUUCGUUUCUGGUUCUUUUCUGCGAGACCUGCGAUUGCGUCAUUACGCAUGAUGACGUACGCCCACUACGCCUGGUUAAAUAGUUGGUUACAGGGAAGUAGUUCAACAAAUGAAAAAGUAGCCGCUUAACCACUCAUCAUCGUUAUUCUUCUUUUUUGACCAUUUGGACCUAUACCAAGAUGGCAAAGGGACACAUAGAAAUCCACGACCCCAUCUCCAACCACAACGACCUCAAAAGCAGCACAGUGGCCGACGCCACACCUACCUCAGACGCAGAGAGCAUGGAGGACACCGUGGAGCUCAGGAUAAUGAUGGCCUAUGCAAAGAGGAGACGGCCGAAAAAGGACCCCGAGUCGCCUAAAGAGGACGACCAGGUCGUAACCAACGGUCACACAGAUGCGAACGGGCCAUCGUCACCUCAGACACCGGCCCAGACUGAAACAGACGUGACAGAGAAGAAGAAGGAGAAAAAGAAGAAUAGGAAGAGUAAGGCACUGAAACAUCUGCGGGGCAUUUUCUCAUGUGUCAAACCUCAGACACAAGACGAAGACCUGCAGCAGACGACCGAGCCGCCGCAUGAUGUCAGCGUCAGAUGUCGAGAUUUUAAGGAAGAUGAAGAGGAGGAUGAGUUGGAAGAUGUGGCUCGCCAGCUGAUGAAGCUCGCCGGUGAAAUCCCGUUCACUCCUCCAGAUUUAGAGACAGACGCUCCAGACGAUAACGUGGAGAAGCUGAUUGGUCUGCUGCUGAGGGAGACUGGAGACAGGCUGAACGAGAAGGAGCUGAAAGACAUGGCGAUGGCCACAGAACUGUUCUGGAACUACAGUUUCUUCAGAACAUUGAUGUCGGCUCUUCUCACGAGGAUGGGCCUCAGGUCCCCCAACCCCGACUCUCCAGGACCACACGCAUCACCCAAAACCCAGAUCGCCGUGACCUGUGAGGCCACAAGUCGUUUGUCGGCGAUGGACACGCUGCCGGCGAACCGACUGCUGGGAUACGGAGCCAAAUAUAUGAAUGAAUAUUACUCAUCCUGGGUACAGGAGCAGGGCGGAUACGACGCAGCCUUCGAGAGUGACGACGACGACGACGACGACGACGACAACGACAACGUCCAGUGAUCAGAGAGACUUGGUUUCCUGUUCCACAGCUCGCCCUGAAGCUCAAACCCUGCACACUCGGACCUUCAGGAGCUGCAAACACAAUCUAGCUCCUUCAGAUUACUUGAAGCGACGAGCAUUAAUGAUCCACCUCGAACACAUUAUAACAACCUACUGAGAUGUUCUGAAUACUCUCGAAGACUUUACAUUUGGUAUGAGGAACUGAAUGAGACUUGUGACUUUUAUUUUUGUAUUCUGCCAAACCAGCUGUCAUGCGCAUAAAAUCCAUACAAGCAGGGAAAUAAUUUCUUUUUUAUAAGUAAUUAUAUUGUUAAUGUUUUUUUCUUUGUGCUAAUUGUUAAGUACUCUUAAACGGACACUGAGCCAAAGAAGAAACAAGAUUAUGAGAUUUAUUUGGGACAUUUUGCCGUUAAUAACAGCAAUGGUGGAGAUAUACGGCACGGAUCGAGCCAUACAGUGUGCGCUCAACCUGGGGAGCUAGUGGUACACCCCAAGAAGAUUUAUUUUUGUUGCGUACUAAUUUAAUGUGGUUGAACUGUUAUUCAUUGAUUUAAAAACUGUAUAAAAAAAACAAAACAAACUAUAACUUGUUUUCUGUUUUAUUUGUGAAGAUAUGGCAGGAGAGUUUUUAAAUCAGCAUAUUUUGUGUUGUAGCUUGGUUUAAAAAAAAAAAAAAACAAAAAAAAACAUUUUCUUAAGUCAAAUUAAGAAUUGUUGAGCACUUGCACUUUUUUAUGAAAAAUAAAUAGAAAAUAUUUAGCUUGAGAAAACAUUAAUUGUCAUUGAGGGAUGCAUCGCUGUAAUUGUUGUUGGUGGAUGAUCCUGUGUUUGUUUUUAAAGCUUUUAUUAAAAUAUUUUCUGAAUGAAAUUUGAUAAAGAAA